GCGUCGGUGGGCGUCGCUAACGGUCGCCUCCGAGGGGCGCCUUACAAGAUGGCGGCGGGAGCAGCGGCCGUUGGAGGAGGAGGGGGGGGAGCCCCUCUGGCGACCCCCGCUGCUGCCGCCGCCUCAGCCACAGCCGAGGCCCGCUUCUCCCUCGUGGUCGUCUUCGGCGCCGGCGGAGGACGAGAGGGGCUCCGCACGGCGGUCCUGAGGGCCGUGCGAGACGGGAUCCGUUCUUGGGACAUCGACUUGACUGCCUGCAACCUUGACCAGCAGCUGAAGCUCUUUGUCUCCCGUCACUCAGCCACCUUCUCCGAUAUUGUGAAAGGUCAGCGGGCUCUGCACCAUCGCGGAGACCUCCUGGAGACGCUGGUGCUGCUGAACCCUUCCGACAAAUCCAUCUACAACGAGCUCUGCAACCUGGUCACGGACCCUUCGCGCCAUAAGCUGCUGAUCUUUGCUGGGCCCUGCAUCGAGGAGACGGGGGAGCUGGUCCUGCAGACGGGCACUUUCUCCUUGCGAGACUUCAUCCAGAUCUUCGCCGACAAAGAGGUUGGAGAGUUGCUCAGCUCUGCAGACCCAUCUGCCAGGACCAGCCUGACGGUCAUUUGCCCGGACUUUGGGGAAUGGAAAGCUUCCCAGCUGGGUCAGCACAACCUGUUGGACUUCAUUGACCUUCGCUUCAACCCGGGCCCUGUGCUGCCCGAGAUGGAGGGCCUGCAGGAGUUCCUGGAGUACCUCUCGGAGUCGCUAGACCCCCCGUCGCCCUUUGACCUCCUGGAGCCACCCAGCACCGUCGGCUUCCUGAAGCUGUCCCGCCCAUGCUGCUAUAUCUUCCCUGGCGGCAGGGGCGACUCGGCCUUCUUUGCCGUCAACGGCUUCAACAUCCUGGUCAAUGGCGGCUCCAACCCCCGCUCGUCCUUCUGGAAGCUGGUGUGCCACCUCGACCGCAUCGACUCCAUCUUGGUGACGCACGUGGGCACUGACAGCCUACCCGGCGUCAACAGCCUGCUGCAGAGGAAGCUGGCCGAGAUGGAAGAGGAUCCCUCCUCGCAGGGUUCGCCAAACGAGGACUCUGUGAAGAACCUCAUCUCCCCAGAGCUGGGCGUCGUCUUCCUCAACGCCUCCAAGAAGCUGAAGGCCAUUGCGGGUGACUCGGGCGUCCUGAAGAGCUGCGACGAGGCCCGCUUGGCGCUCCACUACCUGGACAAGCUGGGCAUCCAGCCCAGCCCACUCUGCAGGGACGGCGGCCCCAAGGUGGAGCCCACUGUCCUCUUCCAGAAGAUGGGCGUCGGGCGCUUAGAUAUGUACAUCCUGAACCCAGUGAAAGGCAGCAAGGAGUUGGAGGUCCUGAUGCAGCACUGGUGUGGCAACGGCUGCCCCCAGGGGCUGGAGCUGCCUCUGCACUGUGUGACCUCCAUCUGCGCCCUCCUGGUCUGGCACCCCGUCAGCCCCACAGAGAAGAUUGUCCGGGUCUUGUUUCCUGGCUGCACGCCCCAGAGCAAGAUCCUGGAGGGGCUGGAGAAAGUCCGGCACUUGGAGUUCCUCAAACAUCCGGUGGUCACCCAGAAGGACCUGGAGUCAGGGUCCUCCUCAAGCAGUACCCCGCAAAGCCAGCAGAAGAGGACCGCCAGCCAGGAGAGCCUCAAGCAAAGCCAGCAGAAGAGGACCGCCAGCCAGGAGAGCCUCAAGUCCGGCUCCAAGCUGAGCCUCCCAGAGCCCAAGGAAAGGAGGGAGGCGAAGGCGGCUGGUGCCAGAGAGCGCCCCAUGGCGCCCAGCGAGACCUCAAAGGGCAGCCUGGAGGAGGAGCAGGCCAAGGAGACUCGUACCAAGGUGGAGCCAUCUUCCGCUGUGAGGCCCAAGCAGCUGAAGGAGAAGCCGGUGGCCAAGAAGGACACAAAAAAACUCUUGCCAAAGAAUGACGCUGCCCUCCCGGGGAAGGUGCCCAAACGGGAGGCGAAGGCGGAUCCCCCCAGGAGGGAGACAUCGGCCAAGAAGGAGGAGAAGGCAGAGGAGAAGGCAGCAGUGAGGCAGCCGAGUCGGGAGCUGAGGAGGUCAGCCAGCGCGGAAGUCAAGAGGCCCCCCACCAAGAUGGGCAGCUUCAAAAAGACCCUACCCAGCCUCAAGAAGGAGGCGGAUAAGCCGAAAGCCCAGACUUUGAAAGAGGCUCCCGUCAAGAUGCCCAGCAGUGCCAAGGGGGCAGCAGGUGGCCUCUCAGACGGGUCCAAGUCAUCAACGGAGAACGGGACGAGGGAGAGCUCUCGGCCAGAGGCGCUGGGGGCUGAGUCGACAGACGAGGGCAUCACUACAGCAGAGAGCGAGCUGGAGCCAUCGCCACUGGAGUGUCCUGGGAAUGGGGUGCUGGCAACCCAGAACGGGCUGUGCACGGGCGGAGACCCUGAGAGCCCCCAGCCCUUCCGGCACCUGGAGGCCAGCUCUCCGCUGAGGGGUGCAGGCCCCCCAUCGCCACUGGCUAAGACCCCCAAGAGUGAGCGGAGCGUCAACUUUGAGCAGACCCCCACGGGCACGCAGGCAGGGCUCCACCCCGAGGGCGAGGAGGCUUGCGGCAGCUCCGAAGAGAAGACCCUGGAAAUGAUGUCUCCGGCCAGCUCAGGCCCGGCCAGCGCCAGGCACACUCCUUUCCACCAGUCUCCCGUCGAGGACAUCAUCAUGGCUGAGGAGCCGGUGGCCCUGACCAACUCUUGGCGCCCGGACGGUUCUGCCACCGGGCUCCGUGUUUCGCGGGACAACUCCAGCUCCUCGCAGGAGAAGCCAUCAGGAUGCCUGUCGCCCAGCCUCUACCGCGAUGACCUCCCGGAUGUCUCACCCACCAUCACCACACCCUCACUGCCGGCCGAAGUGGGCUCACCGCACUCCACCGAGGUGGAUGAGUCCCUCUCCAUGUCCUUUGAGCAGGUCCUGCCACCGGUGAGCGAGUUCCAGGAGGAAGCAGAAAACGCCCGCCCGGGGGGACUCACCCCAGAGCCGGACGUGGGCAAAGGUGGCCUAUCCUUGCCCAUCCGGCCCUGCCACCCGCAUCACGCCCAGCGCUUGGACGGCCACUCCCUGGCACGGCGCGCCCGCCGCUCUGACUCGCCCCAUGAUGUGGACCUCUGCCUGGUGUCCCCGUGCGAGUUUGAGCACCCCAAGUCGGAGCGCUCGCCCUCAGCCAACUUCAGCCCCCGGGAUAUGUCGAACAGCAGUGACUUCUCCCAGGAGCUGACCAAGCCGCUAGGGGGCCAGCAAAAGGGACUGCGGAGCCGCAAGCCCCACCCCCUGGCCGACGAGACCCCGCCCACGUCACUCAGCGAGUCGCUGCCCACCCUCUCAGACUCUGACAUCCCGCCCGCCACAGAGGAGUGCCCUUCCAUCACAGCGGAUGGUGGGCUGGACUCGGACGACGACCCCGAGAGCCUGGCGCGGGCUCGCGACCCUCUUCCGGCCGCCCUGAAGGACCCCCUCCCGCUCCCCGCUCAGCCGGGCAUCUGCAUGGUGGACCCUGACCGAGAAGGGGCAGCCAAGGGCAAGAGGCCAGCGGCCCGGGUGGGCUCCGCUCCUCCCAAAGCAGACUCAGCCCCCAGAGGCGCGGCCCACAACAGCAGCCGCAUCAAGCCUUCCUCGACCAGCAUCGGGGAGAGAGUCCGGACACCCGCUCUGAGCCGAAGUGAGCUGUCUGCCUCCCGUGCCAGUGGGGACCACCGGGCAUCCCUCGGACAGCGGGCGGGAAGCAGCAGGCCAUCCUUGGGGGCAGGCAGAGCAUGCCCUGCAGGUGCCAGACCCAGUUUCGUGCGGCCCCCUGUCUACCUGGAGCUGGCCUACAUCCCAGGCUCGGCGAGUGCCCAGUGGGUGGACGAGGACUUCUUCCGUCACAUUCGGGCACAGUGCUACGUCAUCAGCGGCGAGGACCACAUCAAGGAGGGCGUCAUGCGGAGGAUCUUGGACGCCCUCCUGACCGGGAAGCAGCACUGGGCACAUGACACCCAGGUGACCCUGAUCCCCACCUUUGACUCCCUGGUGAUGCAUGAGUGGUACGCAGAGACACUGGAGCGGCAGCAGGCGCUGGGCGUCACCGUCCUGGGCAGCAACAGCAUGGUGGCCAUGCAGGAUGAGACCUUCCCAGCCUGCAAAGUGGAGUUCUGAAGCCUCCCUCUCCGCCUUGGGGCGCAUCUGUGGGGGGAAUGGGAGACGAGAGGGACCUCCCUGGGUGCUGGAGGGGGGCAGGGGUAGAGACUCCCCACCCUACACUGAGACACUUCCAAAGCCCCCCCCCCCAGCAAACCUUACCCACACUGCUUUGUGUCUGGUUUGUUUGCAUGUUUCGCCCCCUCACCCCCCCAAGCUUCUAACCCUGGUCAAGCGCAGAGAUUUAGGAUUUGGGGAGAUGUGGUGUUUGGCCAGCAGCCCCACCCCAAAAGGCCAAUGGCCAAGCAUUCCUGGCCUGGGGUGGGUGGUGGAGUCUGCUCUGACAAGGGGCAGAGUGCAGGGCCCCCUCCUCAAAAUGCAACUUGCCCCUUGCCACGAGGGCCAAGUCUAGCAGAUCCCAUGAAAAAUCUGCCUGGGGGGUGGUCUCUGAAAGGCUUGGUCAGUUUACCUGCAGGACCUUUUUUUAAAAAAACAUUUUUUAAAGAGUGAAACAGGGUCUUUGGGGGUGGUGCGUGUGUCUGCUUAUUUUAAGAGGCAGCUCCGAUUCCCGACAGUUUGGGGUCCUGGCAGGGAGCUGCUUAUUUCCACUGGGGUGGGGAGCGCGCGUUGUGUUGCUUGGCUUUCUGAGGUCGCUCCCUGCAACAGCGCCCUCCCUUCCCUUAAAAAUAUCCCAUCUCCUCCUUGGGGCCGAUUCUCCAUCCUACCCUUUUAAAAUCUGGUUGGGCCCAUAGCCAAUGCUUCCUCUUGGGGGGUCCGGAGCCAAAAUUCCCCCGGGAAUUGAUCUCUCUCUCUCUCUUGAGGAUCACCUUCCCCUUACGCCUCUCAAAACACCCCCCAUUUCUUCUACCUCUUUAUGUUGAAAGCCAGCAGUGUGUUGUGUUGCAUUUCAUCCCGAGGCCUGUCUUGUUCAUCUCGGGAUGCUUUAAUCCACAAAGACUACUCUGUAAAAUCCAGCCAAAGCACACCCCUUUCCAAAAAACCUUCUCUCUCCCCCCUAAAAAUACCACCUCCGUUUUUCUCACUCCCUUAAUGUAUGAAGGAGCGCCAGGGUGGGGGUGGCAGAAUGUGCCCCCUCUCUCCUUGCAAAAUGUGACACUAAACUUCUGUUUCUUUUUUCUUUUUUUAAAGGAAGGAAAAGGUGCGGGUUCUCCACCCCCCUUUAAAUGUGCAUUUUUUCUAUAAAAAAGACAAAAAAGCAAACAAAAAAACAACCAUAUACAAAACAGUUAAUGUAUUGAAAGUUUUUUGUCGUCCUCCCCACCCCACCCCAUAAUUUAUAGGAUCACAUUUACAUCUUCCUGGCUAGGCACAGCAGCAGGCUGUCAAGGGGUGCAGUGUAGCAGAAGGAAACCCCCUUUUCUCCUCCUGCCCCCCAACCAGGAUGGGCACUGUGUUCAAAUCCUGUGUGGUGUGUGUAUAGGACUGUCUUUGCCAACCCUGGUGCCCCUGAUGGGAUAUUUUGGGGCACUGAUGGGGUUUUAUAGGGUCUCCCCAAGACCCUGGGUUGGGGGCCAAGGUUGGUUUAGAUGAAAUGUGUUUUUUGUGGGGAGCGGGAUAAGUUGAGAAUGUUUUUCACCACCUUUAGUGCUUUAUACGUACAUAUAUAUCUAUAUAUGUAUAUAUAUAUAUAUAUAUAUAUAUUCUGCUUAGUUGGAAACCCGUUGGGAAGAGCAGAAAGGUCAUGGGAUGGAAGAGGCAGCCAGCGCCCGACCGGCCCCCCAACUCUUAGGAGGGCAUCACUUGGGGGGGGGCUGAGCCCUUUUCUCUGCUCUUCUCUCUCUCACCCUCACCUUUGUAGCCGUUGACACACUCCGAAGCCAUGUGACCCGCUCACGAGUUGCCGUGUCCAUCCACACCCGAGAAUGCAGAAGUGAAGAAAACAAAACACUGUGUUGGAACCUCUUGAGAAAAAGCAAAGCCCUAGUGGUUAAAAGAGAUAAAAGGUGUUAAGACUUC